GUAUUGCAGAUACGCUCCACAUCCGUACUACGGACUUCAGCCAGAAGCGCCAAAAAAAAAAAAAAGAUAUAUCAUCAAACCAAGCUCAACGCAGAUUUAACUGACCAGCUAGGCUACCACAGAUGCUGAAAACAUGAUGCAAACUGUUGAGAUGAAGACAUUCUGUGGAGUAAUUUUCCUCGACGAGGACAUUACAGAAGUUGUGCCGAGGUCAUGGGUUAAAGGUGAUGAAUGUUUUUGGCCAACAUUCAUUUCUGAGGAAAAAACCCAAAAGGCCAUAAAGAGGCAUGAAAUGCCAGGCCCUGGCUGGAAAAUCUUCAAAAUAAGAACACUCUUUGAAAAAGUAGAUGACUUCAGUAAGGCAAGGCAGAAGCUGAAGGACUACAACAGAAAUGGAACGGCAGUCCUCCAGUCAGAGGAUGAGAGCUCAAUGGCAAAAAGGAGAAGAAAAGCGACACAUUACCUAGGAUUUGAAAACGGCAGUACUGACUCUGAAACGGAGCAGACUCCAAAAAGAAGACCAGAGUCUCGGCCUCGGCCUCAACCUCUCGCUAUUAGCGCUACACUUCCUAGUCUCCCUCCAGCCCCCCUCUCGGACAUCGCAGUGGACAUGGGUCAGGAGUCUCUGGACAACACAGGACAGGAAACCUUUACAGACAUAAGCUGGAAUGUGAGGAGGGAGUCAGACCCCUUCAAUGUAAUCAAUAGCUCAGCGCACCAGUCAACACCAGCACCACCUCAACACUUGAGUCCAGUGUUUGACAUUAAUAUGGGCUUCCCCUAUUCACAUGCCAGCGGUGGUGGAGAGCCUGGAGGUCACCUCCUCUUCAAGCCAACCUUCAGAGUUGGCCAUGAAACAGGGCCAAUUCCUUGCACACCGGCUCAGCUACAUGGCCUAUUGCUUUUGGAAAACCUAAACCAGCAGGUUGCCCAACUCGCCACCACCGUGAACCUGCUCAUGGCCAAGGUCAAUAACGGCCUCCAACCAGCAGCCUUUGAGUGGUCCGGGGAAUUUCAAUUCCCCCUGGAAUCAGAUGCAGAGCUGGACCGCUUUGAGGCCUGGCUGGUGGACCCUGCCAACAAUAGGCAGAAACAUGCCCUUGUGAAUACCCUGUCUGCUGUCGGGGGUGUGGAUUUGAAGAGGGUGACAUGGAACAUUCUGUCAUACCUGUUUUCCUGCCCCCUUUCUCGAACAAUUAAUUGGAAGGGUGUGAACAAGAAGAGGGCCUUCCACAGGAUGGCAUCACGUACCCUCCUCAGCCGUACCCGCGAUUGGCCAAGUGACCUGUCAAUCAUCGUUAGUGCUGACGUCAUCCCUUCUCGCUGUCGCCAAUGGGAACAGGACCGGGGUAAUAAGAGGGCACGCUGAUGUUUCAAUGGCAGCUCAGUUCGCUGAGACUCAGACCACGCAGCUUUCUGUUUGCGUUUUUGUAUACCCUGUUAAGACUGUGGUUCCCGUUCGAUCUGUGUGAUGUUGAAUUAAUGUAUGAGUGAAUUCUUCCUGUGUUCAA